GAGGCGGAGAAAGGAGGUUACUCAGAGAGGAGUCCCAGGAAGCUUGUGAAUGUUGAAGAAAAUUCAUCUUUGAAAUUUUGAUAUUCGAGGAAGUUGACGUUUGUAUUCAUCUUUUAUUAAAGUGGGAAGAUUUGUGUUGAAUUUUAAAACUACCUGAUAUUUACAAUGAAUGGACACAGUGAUGAAGAAAGUGUUAGAAAUGGCAGUGGAGAAUCAAGCCAGUCGGAAGAUGAUUCUGGGUCAGCAUCAGGCUCUGGAUCCGGCUCAAGUUCUGGCAGCAGCAGUGGUGGAAGCAGCAGCCAAUCUGGGAGCAGCGACUCUGAUUCUGGUUCUGACUCAGGAAGUCAGUCAGAGUCUGAGUCAGAUACAUCCCAAGAGAACAAAGUCCAAGCAAAACCACCAAAAGUCGAUGGAGCUGAGUUUUGGAAAUCUAACCCUAGUAUUCUGGCUGUUCAGAGAUCGGCAAUGCUUAAGAAGCAGCUGCCGCAGCCGCAGCCACCACAUCCAGCUUCAUCUAACAGUGGAUCAGAAGAGGAUUCCUCUAGCAGUGAAGACUCGGAUGGCUCCUCCAGUGAGGUGAAGAGGAAAAAACAUAAGGAUGAAGAUUGGCAGAUGUCUGGCUCAGGAUCCCCAUCUCAGUCUGGUUCAGAUUCAGAAUCUGAAGACGAGAGAGAGAAAAGCAGCUGUGAUGAAACAGAAUCUGACUAUGAGCCAAAAAACAAAGUCAAAAGCAGGAAACCUCAGAGCAGAUCUAAGUCAAAAAAUGGAAAAAAAAUUCUUGGACAAAAAAAGAGACAGAUUGAUUCGUCUGAAGAUGAGGAUGAUGAGGAUUAUGAUAAUGAUAAACGAAGCUCUCGCCGCCAAGCCACGGUCAAUGUGAGCUACAAGGAAGAUGAAGACAUGAAAACAGACUCUGAUGACCUGCUGGAAGUCUGUGGAGAGGAUGUUCCUCAACCUGAGGAGGAGGAGUUUGAAACAAUAGAAAGGUUUAUGGAUUGCAGAUUUGGGAGGAGAGGAGCUACUGGUGCUACUACAACCAUUUAUGCUGUUGAAGCAGAUGGUGACCCCAAUGCAGGAUUUGAAAAAAACAAAGAGCCAGGAGACAUACAGUAUUUAAUUAAAUGGAAAGGAUGGUCACACAUCCACAACACUUGGGAGACAGAAGAAACCCUCAAGCAGCAGAAUGUUAGAGGGAUGAAAAAAUUGGAUAAUUAUAAGAAAAAAGAUCAGGAAACAAAAAGAUGGCUGAAAAAUGCUUCUCCAGAAGAUGUGGAAUAUUAUAAUUGUCAGCAAGAACUUACAGAUGAUCUACACAAACAGUAUCAGAUAGUGGAGCGUAUAAUUGCUCAUUCCAAUCAAAAAUCAGCAGCUGGUCUUCCUGAUUAUUAUUGCAAAUGGCAGGGGCUUCCAUACUCAGAGUGCAGCUGGGAGGAUGGAGCUCUCAUUUCCAAAAAGUUUCAGACGUGCAUCGAUGAAUAUUUUAGCAGGAAUCAGUCAAAAACUACUCCUUUUAAAGAUUGCAAAGUAUUGAAACAAAGACCAAGAUUUGUAGCUCUGAAGAAGCAACCAUCCUAUAUUGGAGGACAUGAGGGUUUAGAAUUGAGAGACUAUCAGCUAAAUGGUUUAAAUUGGCUUGCUCACUCUUGGUGCAAAGGAAAUAGUUGCAUACUUGCUGAUGAGAUGGGACUUGGAAAGACGAUACAGACGAUCUCCUUCUUGAACUAUUUGUUCCACGAGCACCAACUGUAUGGCCCUUUUCUGUUAGUUGUGCCGCUCUCCACUCUCACCUCCUGGCAAAGAGAGAUUCAGACAUGGGCAUCUCAGAUGAAUGCGGUGGUUUACUUAGGUGACAUUAACAGCAGAAAUAUGAUAAGAACUCAUGAAUGGAUGCAUCCCCAGACCAAACGAUUAAAAUUUAAUAUACUUUUAACAACCUAUGAAAUUUUAUUGAAGGAUAAGGCAUUCCUUGGUGGUCUAAAUUGGGCAUUUAUAGGUGUUGAUGAAGCACAUCGAUUAAAAAAUGAUGAUUCCCUGCUGUAUAAAACUUUAAUUGAUUUCAAAUCUAAUCAUCGUCUUCUUAUCACUGGAACCCCUCUACAAAACUCCCUGAAAGAGCUUUGGUCAUUGCUACACUUCAUUAUGCCAGAAAAGUUUUCUUCAUGGGAAGAUUUUGAAGAAGAACAUGGUAAAGGCAGAGAAUAUGGUUAUGCAAGCCUCCACAAGGAGCUUGAGCCAUUUCUGUUACGCAGAGUUAAGAAAGAUGUGGAAAAAUCUCUUCCUGCCAAGGUUGAGCAAAUUUUAAGGAUGGAAAUGAGUGCUUUACAGAAACAAUAUUACAAAUGGAUUUUAACUAGGAAUUACAAAGCCCUCAGCAAAGGUUCCAAGGGCAGUACCUCAGGCUUUUUGAACAUUAUGAUGGAGCUAAAGAAAUGUUGUAACCAUUGCUACCUCAUUAAACCGCCAGAUAAUAAUGAAUUCUAUAAUAAACAGGAGGCCUUACAACACUUAAUCCGUAGUAGCGGAAAAUUAAUUCUUCUAGACAAGCUGUUAAUUCGCCUAAGAGAAAGAGGCAACCGAGUGCUCAUUUUUUCUCAGAUGGUGCGGAUGUUAGAUAUACUUGCAGAAUAUUUGAAGUAUCGUCAAUUCCCCUUUCAAAGAUUAGAUGGAUCAAUAAAAGGGGAGCUGAGGAAACAAGCUCUAGAUCAUUUCAAUGCCGACGGAUCAGAGGAUUUCUGCUUUUUGCUUUCUACAAGAGCUGGGGGGUUAGGCAUUAACCUAGCCUCUGCUGACACUGUUGUUAUAUUUGAUUCUGAUUGGAAUCCACAAAAUGAUCUUCAGGCUCAAGCAAGAGCUCAUCGAAUUGGGCAGAAGAAGCAGGUGAAUAUAUAUCGUUUAGUAACAAAGGGAUCAGUUGAAGAAGAUAUUCUUGAAAGGGCCAAAAAGAAAAUGGUUUUGGAUCAUCUUGUGAUUCAAAGAAUGGACACGACCGGGAAGACGGUGCUGCACACAGGUUCCGCCCCGUCAAGUUCUACCCCCUUUAAUAAAGAGGAGUUAUCCGCAAUUUUAAAGUUUGGUGCUGAGGAGCUUUUUAAGGAGCCUGAAGGAGAAGAGCAAGAGCCCCAGGAAAUGGAUAUAGAUGAAAUCUUGAAGAGAGCUGAAACACAUGAAAAUGAGCCAGGCCCCCUGACUGUAGGGGAUGAGCUCCUUUCCCAGUUCAAGGUUGCCAACUUUUCAAAUAUGGAUGAAGAUGACAUUGAAUUGGAACCUGAGAGAAAUUCAAAGAACUGGGAGGAAAUCAUUCCAGAAGAUCAGAGAAGACGAUUAGAAGAGGAAGAAAGACAGAAGGAACUUGAAGAAAUUUAUAUGCUUCCAAGAAUGAGAAACUGUGCAAAGCAGAUAAGUUUCAAUGGAAGUGAAGGGAGGCGGAGCAGAAGCAGGCGGUACUCUGGCUCUGACAGUGACUCCAUCUCGGAAAGGAAACGACCAAAGAAGCGCGGGCGGCCACGCACCAUCCCUCGGGAGAACAUUAAAGGGUUUAGUGAUGCGGAAAUUAGGCGGUUUAUCAAGAGCUAUAAGAAAUUUGGUGGCCCUCUGGAAAGAUUAGAUGCGAUUGCUCGAGAUGCUGAACUGGUCGACAAGUCAGAAACAGAUCUCAGAAGACUGGGGGAGCUGGUGCACAACGGCUGUGUCAAGGCUCUGAAGGACAGUUCUUCAGGGACAGAGCGAGCAGGUGGCAGACUUGGAAAAGUGAAGGGGCCAACAUUCCGAAUAUCAGGAGUACAAGUGAACGCGAAGCUGGUCAUUGCUCAUGAAGACGAGCUGAUACCUUUGCAUAAAUCCAUUCCUUCAGACCCAGAGGAGAGGAAGCAGUACACAAUCCCGUGCCAUACAAAGGCAGCUCACUUUGAUAUAGACUGGGGCAGAGAAGAUGAUUCCAAUUUGUUAAUUGGUAUCUAUGAGUAUGGCUAUGGGAGCUGGGAAAUGAUUAAAAUGGAUCCUGACCUCAGUUUAACACACAAGAUUCUUCCAGAUGAUCCUGAUAAAAAACCACAAGCUAAACAGUUACAGACACGUGCAGACUACCUCAUCAAGUUGCUCAGCCGAGACCUUGCAAAGAAAGAAGCGCAGAGACUUUGUGGUGCAGGAGGUUCAAAGAGGAGAAAAACAAGAACUAAAAAGAAUAAAGCAAUGAAGUCCAUCAAAAUGAAAGAAGAAAUAAAGAGCGACUCUUCUCCCCUGCCGUCAGAGAAGUCUGACGAAGAUGACGGUAAAGUAGGUGACAGCCGCUGUCAGCAUGGAAGGGAAGUCGGGCGGGCUUUUAAUACAUGUAUUUCUGUUAUUUUCAAGUGUAAAGAAAGAAUGAGGCCAGUAAAAGCUGCUUUGAAACAGCUUGACAGGCCUGAGAAAGGCCUUUCAGAAAGAGAGCAACUGGAACACACUAGACAGUGUUUAAUCAAGAUCGGAGACCACAUCACGGAAUGUCUGAAGGAGUACUCCAGUCCUGAGCAGAUCAAGCAGUGGAGAAAAAACCUGUGGAUUUUUGUAUCUAAGUUUACUGAGUUUGAUGCAAGAAAAUUGCAUAAACUGUAUAAGCAUGCUAUUAAAAAACGACAAGAAUCUCAGCAAAACAGUGACCAGAACAGCAACGUUACUCCUCAUGUGGUUAGAAAUCCAGAUAUGGAAAGGUUAAAAGAGAAUACAAAUCAUGAUGAUAGCAGCAGGGACAGUUAUUCUUCUGAUAGACACUUAUCUCAGUACCAUGAUCAUCAUAAAGACCGCCACCAGGGAGAUUCUUAUAAGAAGAGUGAUUCCAGGAAAAGACCCUACUCCUCAUUUAGCAAUGGCAAAGACCAUCGGGAAUGGGAUCACUACAAGCAAGACAGCAGGUACUAUAGUGACAGAGAGAAACACAGAAAACUGGAUGACCACAGGAGUCGCGAGCACAGGUCAGGUGUGGAAGGUGUGAAGGACAGGUGUCAUUCCGACCAUCGGUCUCACUCGGACCACCGGUCAAGUUCUGAAUACACACAUCAUAAAUCUUCCAGAGAUUAUCGGUUUCUCUCCGAUUGGCAAAUGGACCACCGAGCUGCCAGCACCGGCCCUCGGUCACCUUUAGAUCAGAGGUCUCCUUAUGGCUCCAGGUCUCCGUUUGAACAUUCAACUGAACACAAAAGUACACCUGAGCACACCUGGAGUAGCCGGAAAACAUAACAGAAGCUGAUAACUUGUCUAUGUGGACUUUGGUUUUAGCCAUAGAUGAUAAACCAACACAGUAAUUGCCUUACAUGACUUGAAAGAUGCAACAGCUCUUCUAUCAGUAGCAGUAUUGUUACUUCUUCCCAGGACGCAAGGUCUAUUAUCCCAACAGAAGAGAAAAUAUUUUUAUAUUUAAGGAUUAUGCUGCACUGUACUGCAGAUAUGGCAGUACUUUUUUUUUUUUUUUAAAGAAAUGGAAAAUGUUUACUAUAACAGGGACCUCAACACUGCCCUCCCGUGUAGGCUGAAUAAACUGUUUUUAUGUCAGUGGUUUCCAACUGACUCCAUUUAAAUUAUGUUUGUAUAUGAACUUUACUCUGACCUGUGAUCAUGUUUCAGGAAGGAAUGAAAGAGAGUUCUUUUCUUAAUAAAGAAAAAACACUCAAGGACUUUGUUCACUUUCCAAAGCUACUUGUUUACAUUGUACACUGCGACCACCUUGCCGCUUCCAUCACAAGCUUGAAUAUUUAAAUCCUGUACUUAUGUCUGUAAUAUAGCCGGGAAUUUCCUGUUUGUGAUUAUUAUUAUGCCUUUUUACAGAAGAAGAUGGCUGUAAAUUAUUGUAAAUGUAUUAAAUGAGCUCUCCUUCCUCGCCCUUCUCAGGCUUGUUUUCCCAGACUGUUCCUUUCCCUACCAACUCAGGCCUUCUUAUUAAAAAAAAAAAAAUCAGUGUAAUAACACUUUUUAAUGAUUUGUCUGAUGGAAUCAUUGUUUAGAAUGUAAAAACGGGGAAAGGGCCACUUCUUCCUUUCGGUCCUCUUUUUAUACCGGGUAUUUUAUUAGAUACGUGUUUACCCCUUCUUUUGGAAGUCAAUAUUAUGUUUGUACUUUUACCAGAGAACUGUUGGGUAAUACGCAAAUCAUAAACUUGAUGCUCUGGGAACUUUUUCAGAUGCAUUUGGUUUAAAAGGGUAGGUGUAUGAACACUUUCAGAAUCCAAAAUGGCCAAAAGUUACUGUAAAUCCAUGUGUUUUCCCUUCUCAUGUAUGGGCAAUAAUGUCAAAUGUGCUAUGCAGCCAGGUAACAUUUUAGAUGAAUUUGAUUAACUUUUUAAUAUAAACUGUUACAGUGCACACUGAUUGUACAUAAAAACCUUAUAUAUGACAAAUUAAAUUUAAGAAAAAGGAUAUGUGGGCUCCUGUAGUUUUCUGCUCCACUCUUGUUUUAUCUUUGUUUCUUUUGUUUUGUGUUAAGUAACAGCUGCCAGGGCAAGAAAGGUGUCUUGGUAAACCACUGAAAGUUGAUUGUAGUACUACAACUAUCUGUUUGGAAGACUCCGAAUCUUUCUGUGAAGUCUGCUUUCUAUAGCUGUUAUUCUUCUACGGUGCCUUACUUAUUCACAAUUUUUUUUUCUUAUAUUCAGUGGGAAUUUUUAGUGUAUGCUUUGUAAUCAUAGAUUAUUACUUCUGGACGUGUCUCCAAUGAUUAGCCGUUGGGGAAUCUAAAGUUGGUCUGUGGAUUUAUAUUUUCAUAUUUUCCUUUUGUAUAGCCAAGUCUAAAGUUUAUACAAAACAACCUUUUUUAAAAGCAGUUAUAUCUUUGACAUAAAGUUAUCCUGAAGUCAAAGAUAAGUUUUUAUCUUUGAUAUGCGAGGUAGUGUGUUGGGGAAAAACUCAACUUUGAAACAUCUAGUUAUAAUUAAAAACAAAAACGAUGAUAGAGCUCAGUGCUGGCACACAGUUUUUAAAAUUCUCACUUUCUCCACAUUUAAGAUAAAUGAUCAUUUUAUUCCUGAAGAACAUUUCCCAUAAAUCCUGAUAUUAACAGCAAUAGCUCAGGGUUAGCACUACAUGCCCCUGUGGCUAGGUCAUUUGCUUAAAAGCCUGUUUGUUGUACAGAUUUUGUAGAAAAAUAAUGCAUUUUUGAAGUAUGGGCUCUUAAUUUCUUUAUUUUUAUUUUUAUUUUUUUACCAGUUUGACACUUAAUUGAGUAACGGAGUUAACUAGCUGAGUUGACUGCAAAUCUAAAACUGUAUGUAACAUUUAUUGAGUCUGUUAAUUAUUUGUAAAAAGUCAGCAAUUACAUAGUAAAGGAGCAAGCCAUAAAGUGCUAAGAUGCAAUGGAUAACGUCAGUCCGUAGCUAUACCAAGGGCAUUAUAGAAAUGCUUAUUUUUUUUGUCUUUACAUGCUCACUGCUCUAUUUUUGUCCAUUUGUUUAAUUUUUUAAGUGAGAGAUUAUGCAUAGCAUUGUACCAAUUAACCUUCCAUUUUAAUAAUAAACAAUAAAAGAUUCUUAUUAAAAG